AUGGCGGCCUCCGUGUUCGCCGGUGCGGUGAGAGCAGCCUCCGGAAUUUUACGGCCCCUGAACAUUUUGGCAUCUUCAGCCUAUCGAAACUGCACCAAGAAUGCCUGUCUUAAUUCUGUACUGUCCUCCCGACAUUUCAGUCAUAUUCAGACACCAGUUGUGUCCUCUGCUCCCAGACUGAUCACAUCUGUCAGAAACUUGACAUGUGGGCAGACUGCCACAGUCCUCAAUAGAAUGGCCCUCUUGCUCCCAAACAUCCUGAAGCCACCAGUCAGAACUGUAACAUACUACAGUUCAAGAAAAGGCAAGAGGAAGACUGUGAAAGCUGUCAUCUAUAGGUUUCUUCGACUUCAUAGUGGCCUGUGGCUAAGGAGGAAGGCUGGUUAUAAGAAAAAAUUAUGGAAAAAGACGGUUGCAAGAAAAAGACGCUUGAGGGAAUUUGUCUUCUGCAGUAAAACCCAGAGUAAGCUCUUAGAUAAAAUGACAACGUCUUUCUGGAAGAGGCGAAACUGGUAUGCUGAUGAUCCUUAUCAGAUGUAUCAUGAUCGAACAAACUUGAAAGUAUAG